UUUUAUAUGGAAGAAAUUAUAACACGUAAGAAAUUUUUAUAAUCAGUUAGCGAUUAGUAGACAGAUGAUCUUAUGGAAGUGAUUGAAAAUAAACAAACUUGCGAUACAACUAAGGAACAAGAUAUUUUCAUGUGGCAUUGAUCUUAUUUUUUCAUUACACAAAACUGGAUGAAUUAAUAAAUAAAAAAUUUGAUCAAAUUUAUAGGAUAAAGUCUAUCAUCGUUAAGAGAUGUCAUUAACUUUUCAACAAAUCAUACUGGAUGCUAAAAAAUUAGUGAUUAGAAUAUCAGAUCACGAAAAUACAGCAGAUAAUUUAAUAAGCGAAAUAGAAUCAGUUUGUAGUCAAAUUGCUAAUAUGAAGCAGUAUCAGGAAGAAGUAGAGAUUUUAAAUACUGAAGCAAAACAAAGACCACAUGUACAAUUAAUCUCAGGAAUACAGAGAGAAAUCAAACACUUGCAAGAAUUGCAAGCUGAAAAUAAGGAAUUAAAAAAGGCACUGGAGGAUCAUCAUCAUGCUCUUGAAUUAAUUAUGUCUAAAUAUAGACAACAAACAGCAUCUUUAUUACGUCUUUGUAAAACAGAUCUUUCUUCAUUACAUAAUGCAAAAUAUGCUAAUAUAAUCACUAAUCAAGCAGAAAAGAUUAAUGAAAUGGCAGCAGUAAUGAAAACUGCCGUUGCUUUGGACGAAGAAAAUGAGAUGAAAGAAAAAGAAGUAUAUAGCAGUUUAAAAGAAGAAAAUACUACGUUACGAGAAAUAGUUAAUAUUGCGAAUAAGUAUUGCAUCUUAAAUAAAGAAACUGAAGUAGAAAGUAAAACUGUACAAACUGAUCCAGUAGCAUAUUAAAAGAAAUUUACAAUUUA